GCCGGGACUUUCCUCGGUGUUGCGCGUGGAGAGCGUAUGAUGCAAUCUCCAGGCAACUCUCCUCCCCGCUGGGAUGAAGUCAUGCUUGGCACGGAGGAGGGAGCCCGGCUCUGCUCCCCGAGUCCCCCACCACACCUGCUUCCUGAUGGGGGAGGGACAGACACACACACAGCGCCCAUCUCCCUCCCAACCCCGUGGGGCAGCAGUAAGAGAAGGGUGGGGGGAGAGCGAGGGAAAGCCACAGACACACACCCUCAUGCUAGGACAAGAGUAAAUACCGGCAUAGGGAUCAACAGUAAGAGGAUGAUUGGGGCCUAGAGCACAAAGUCGAAUAUUUUCUCCAGAAAGUUUAUUUGUUUGCAAAAUUUAUAGUUGCUGUACACAAGCUUUUAUUGCACCUUUGGAAAUGGAAGAUCCAGUCACUCAAAGACAUCACAAGGUUCAACUUGCCCUUAAUCCAUGUGAAGAUUUGCUGGCAACAUAUUAUAGAAGUUAUUAACAGUUUUUCACCAUCUCUAACAAAUCAUAUUGUGGUGUUAAAGGAGAGUCUGUCCAAAUGAGCAAAACAUCACAGCAGAACACCACUACAGAAGCAAACGGUAUAAGUGUGAUUCACACACAAGCACACACAAGUGGUUUGCAACAGGUUCCUCAGCUGGUGCCAGUUAGUCCUGGUGGUGGAGGCAAAGCCGUGGCUCCAAGCAAACAGGGCAAAAAGAAUUCCUCUGUGGAUAGAAACAGUGAUGAAUAUCGCCAACGCAGAGAGCGCAACAACAUGGCGGUGAAAAAGAGCCGGUUAAAAAGCAAGCAGAAAGCACAAGAUACGCUGCAAAGGGUCAACCAGCUGAAAGAAGAAAAUGAACGUUUGGAGGCAAAAAUUAAGCUCUUGACAAAGGAGCUUAGUGUACUUAAAGACUUGUUUCUUGAGCAUGCACACAAUCUUGCAGACAAUGUGCAACCUAUUGGCACUGAAAACACCACCACAAACCCAGAUAACACCGGACAGUAGACACAAUCUUCAAACUUCAUAACCUCGUGGACUGAACAUUAGAGGUGCAGCCCUCUCUGCACUACUCAUUCAGUACAGAGAAGGAAUGCUGUUCUAACUUUUUAAAGAUCAUUUUGUGGGUAUUUUUUCUCCUUUUAGGUUUAACACUGAAGAUUUGAUACAAAUAAAAUGUAAACUGUUUUGAGUAUGUUUUAAAGUGUUCAAUAUUUUCUGCUCUGAAAGGUUUGGUUAAACAAGUAAAAAUGAUCUAAAUGGACAAAACGAGGAGCCUAAUGUCAGUGAAUUGGAUUUCUACAGCAAUGUACAUUCACCAUCUUAUAUUUUGCAUAUUGUAAGGAGUACAGCUGGGAGGUUUUACUGCAAUACUGAUGGAUAAAUAGAUGAAAUAUCUGUUCAGUACCCUUUAAAAUGUAUUUCUUAAGCAAUCUUUUCUACAUUGUGUAUUACAAAACUUCAAAGGCCAGGGCAGAAAUUUGUUUUCUAAUUUGGUGGGCUACUUCAAAUGUGUAGCACAAGCCCUAUCCAAGAUAAUGUAGAUCUCUCUUAGGGUACGUCUACACUACGGGAUUAUUCCGAUUUUACAUAAACCGGUUUAGUAAAACAGAUUGUAUAAAGUCGAGUGCACGCGGCCACACUAAGCACAUUAAUUUGGUGGUGUGCGUCCA